AUGUACAAAUAUCAAGUGAAAGAAAUGACAUUCGUGAACACCUUCAGAAAAAUCGUUUGGAAAUUUAUUUUAUUUUCAACGUUAGUGAUAUGCCUGCUGAUAAUAUCUCUACUACCACAGUUUCUUAAAGCGAAAAGUUUUUCAAGCAUCACAAACACAAGGUACCCAACAGACUUGAAAUAUAUAUUUAUUUGGAAGCCAACGCAAAAACCGAAUCGGUAUGGCGGUAUGAAAGUAUUGAAAUACGAAGCAGGACAAAAAAUAUUCAUCAAACAGAAGUGCGAGUACAUUAAUUGCUACAUAACUUACAACAAGAGCCUUCUAAGAGGCACUGAACACUUUGAUGCUGUUGUUUUUGAAGGAGAAGACUUGUUAAAUGUACACAGAAAAAACAUUAACCUCACGCGUGUACCAUCACAGAAAUACAUUUUUAGAACUUUGGAAUCUGCCGGGAAGGCACCAAUCUGCAACGAUGAUUUUGACGACUUCUUUAAUUUAACUUGGACUCACAGAUUAGAUUCAGAUAUCGUAAAUCCCUACUUUGAUAUAUACAGCGCAAACAAUACUAAAGUCGGUCCGACUAAAGAAAUUCAAUGGAUAAAAAAAAUGAAACACGACAAUAAACUUACGAAAAGAUUUAAAACUAAAGAUAGAGCUGUAGCGUGGAUUUUAACAAAUUGUAAAAACAAAAAUAGACAUCAAGACUUCGUUAAAGAGCUCAGAAAUGAACUUAAAGGUUAUAAUUACAGUUUAGACACAUAUGGUCCUUGCAGUAACAAUAAAUGUCCCCAAGGCAAAACAUUAAAAUGCUACAAAAUGAUAGAAAAGCGUUAUUUCUUCUUACUAAUUUUGGAAGAGAUGUUCGAAGAAGAUUACGUUACUGAUGAAGUUGUUAAAUCAAUGAAUCAUUUUACUAUACCAGUAGUACUAGGAGGCGCUGAUUAUAAUAGAUUUUUACCACCCGGCUCUUACAUCAAUGCCUUGACUUUCGACAUGAAGAAACUAGGAGCGAUAAUAGACUAUCUUAUCAAAAAUCGGAACAUGUACGAGUAUUUCUUCGAUUGGAAAAAUCAUUAUCACUACACACGUAGAUCUAGGACUAAUGUCUGUGAUUUGUGUGCCAAACUGAACAGUAACUCAAGUAAUAAUUCUUAUAAAAACUUCAGAAAAUGGUGGAAUCCUGACUAUAGGGAUUCAUGUCAACGGAUGAGUUUGUUAAGUUUAUUUGAAAAAUAUGUAUGA